CAGAGUUAGAAGUGAGAAACAGAAGUGGAGACCAAAAGCGAGACAGAGAUAGAAAAGCGAUGGAAUUGGAGACUAAAAAGCGAGACAGAGAUAGAAUUUGAGACUAAAAGCGAGCAGAGAUGCGAGAAAAAACCUGUAUUUUCUCUACAAAACAAUCUGUCAAUCAGGGGGAAACCCCCCUAUGAAAGCACAAGAUAGAUCUAAGACCUAGGUAUAACCAGUUUGGAGUGCCACAAAAAAAUCACCAAAUAAAUGGUAGAGUAGCUCCAGUAAAGCCAAACAGUUUAUUGAAUAUUGUCAAACGUAGAAGAUCGCUGGCUGGUAAUCAAAUCACAAUGAAAUUUAUGCUUGCUUUACUUGUGGCUUUGUUUGCCUUGACGUCAGCUCAGUUUGGUGGACCCUUUGGUGGCAUCAUACGGGAGUUUGAGCAGCUUGAACAAGGACAACAACAGCAACAGCAGCAACAACAACAGAGUGGCUUUGGUGGCGGCCAGCAGCAGCAACAGCAGGAGCAAGGUGUCAUCUUUAGGGGGCCCUUUGGCGGUGGCAUUGAAUUCUUUCAAGAACAACAGCAAGAGCAACAGCAGGGGGCAGGAGGAGGUCAACAGCAGCAGCAACAGCAACAGCAGGAGAAUCUAUUCGAUCUAUUUGGUUGAGAUAAUCAUCCAACUGCCAGCCUCCCCAACUAGUCAUUCCUUAUAAUCAUAAAAACUAAAAUAAAGUUGAAAAACCACUUGAAA